CUCGUUCUGUGAUACACGCUAAGUCACCUUACGGCGACGCCUCUGAACAUCGCCGCGCUCUGGUUAUACGGUAUACUCAUAAAUGAGUCAUUUAAUGCUACGAUAAAUAAUUCGUUUACUCAUCUUAUGUUGUGGUUUUCCCAGUAUUAAACUGAGUGUGUUCAGACUUUGUUGAUAUUCUUUUAUAAAAAAAAUGUGUUGCGAUUUUGACAUGGUUAAAAAAACCUUCCGCCGUUCUCUAAUAAUUUCCCUGUUAAACAUCUUAUCAAUGGUAAUAUUAGCCUGCGUAAUAGGCGGAAUGUUUUAUAACUCUAAUAAUGAUGUCAUCAAUAAAGCUACACUUCUUAUAUAUUACCUAUUUUACAACGCAUGUAUAGUUAUGUUUUUAACAGGAUUAGGCUGGAGGGGAUUAGAACAAGAACGAAAUCUCGUCCUUAACCAUGCAAUUAGUACCGUGGUGGUCAUUGUAUGUCAAGUGAUUGGAGGCGUUACACUUUUCUUACGAACCGAAAAUGACGAUUCCGUAAUUAUUAUAAACGAUGAAAAUCGUAAAGUAAUCGCCAUCGCUUUUAUAAGUGUAUUAGGCGUUGAGAUGGUGGCACUGUGUGUAACAGCAUUAUUUUCACUUCUUCUUUCCUGUAUGAUAUACAAUAACAGAAACACCAACAUUACAGAACAUACGCGUUUAUUAGCGCAAGAUGCUUAAUAUAUUUGAAUAUUUUAUGAUUAAAUUGAUAUUGUAUUUUAUUUAACUUCAUGGUAUAAUUGAUAUUACAAUAGAAAACUAAUCGAACCCAACAUUCAAAAUGAUCUUGCCUAAUUUAGUUUGGCCACUUAACUUGUAAAUAGUAUGGUAUGGAAGGUCAUAGUAAAUAGUGACUCUGGCUAUCGUCAAAUCCGAAAAGGAAGUUGAUUUAUAAGAUGUAAAAGAAUAUAGAGGGGGUAUGUGAAUGACUAGAGGACAUUUUGAGACACUGCUAGAAAUGGUAAUUCCAAAAAUUGAACUGAUGUCAUUUUGAGGAAAUCAAAUGUCAUAGUAAAUGGUAAAUAGUGACUCUGGCUAUCGUCAAGUCCGAAAAGGAAGGUGAUUUAUAAGAUGUAAAAGAAUACAGAGGGUAUAUGUGAAUGACUAGAAGAUAUUUUGAGACACUGCCAGAGAUGGUAACUCUAAAAAUUGAACUGAUGUCAUUUUGAAGAAAUCAAAUGUCAUAGUAAAUAGUGACUCUGACUAUCGUCCAGUCCGAAAAGGAAGUUGAUUUAUAAGAUGUAGAAGAAUACAGAGGGUGUAUGUGAAUGACUCGAGGACAUUUUGAGACACUGCAAGAGAUGGUAACUCCGAAAAUUGAACUGAUGUCAUUUCGAGGAAAUCAAAUGUCAUAGUAAAUGGUAAAUAGUGACUCUGGCUAUCGUCAAGUCCGAAAACUAAGUUGAUUUAUAAGAUGUAAACGCAUACAGAGGCUGUAUGUGAAUGACUCGAGGACAUUUUGGGACACUGCUAGAAAUGGUAAUUCCAAAAAUUGAACUGAUGUCAUUUUGAGGAAAUCAAAUGUCAUAGUAAAUGGUAAAUAGUCACUCUAGCUAUCGUCAAGUCCGAAAAGGAAGUUGAUUUAUAAGAUGUAGAAGAAUACAGAGGGUGUAUGUGAAUGACUAGAGGAGAUUUUGAGACACUGCUAGAGAUGGUAACUCCAAAAAUUGAACUAAUAUCAUUUCGAGUAAAUCAAAUGUCAUAGUAAAUGGUAAAUAGUGACUCUGGCUAUCGUCAAGUCCGAAAACUAAGUUGAUUUAUAAGAUGUAAACGCAUACAGAGGCUGUAUGUGAAUGACUCGAGGACAUUUUGGGACACUGCUAGAAAUGGUAAUUCCAAAAAUUGAACUGAUGUCAUUUUGAGGAAAUCAAAUGUCAUAGUAAAUGGUAAAUAGUCACUCUAGCUAUCGUCAAGUCCGAAAAGGAAGUUGAUUUAUAAGAUGUAGAAGAAUACAGAGGGUGUAUGUGAAUGACUCGAGGACAUUUUGAGACACUGCUAGAAAUGGUAACUCCGAAAAUUGUACUGAUGUCAUUUCGAGGAAAUCAAAUGUCAUAGCAAAUUUUAAACAGUGACUCUGGCUAUCGUCAAGUCCGAAAAGGAAGUUGAUUUAUAAGAUAUAAAAGAAUACAGAGGGGGUAUGCGAAUGACUAGAGGACAUUUUGAGACACUGCUAGAAAUGGUAAUUCCAAAAAUUGAACUGAUGUCAUUUUGAGGAAAUCAAAUGUUGUAGUAAAUAGUGAUUCUGGCUAUCGUCAAAUCCGGAAAGGAAGGUGAUUUAUAAGAUGUAGAAGAAUACAGAGGGUGUAUGUGAAUGACUAGAGGACAUUUUGAGACACUGCUAGAGAUGGUAACUCCAAAAAUUGAACUGAUGUCAUUUCGAGGAAAUCAAAUGUCAUAGUAAAUGGUAAAUAGUGACUCUGGCUAUCGUCAAGUCCGAAAAGGAAGUUGAUUUAUAAGAUGUAGAAGAAUACAGAGGGUGUAUGUGAAUGACUCGAGGACAUUUUAAAAAUUGAACUGAUGUCAUUUUGAGGAAAUCAAAUGAUCUGGCGCCACCUAUUGGCCAAAAGACAAAGUUAAUUCGUUUCAAAUAAAGGUCGCUGCAAUACAAAAAAUUUGCAAACAUUAAAAAACUUACGUUAUACACAUACUCUACACAAAGUAACAACUUAGAUUACACCAAAGUUCAUCGUAGUUUAUUAUAUACAAUAUAUUUACUAUACGAAUUGGAUUUUAAAUAAUUUAUUCAAUUCAUUAUUUCAUCGUAACUAGAAAACAAUUCUAAUUAUUUUCAUUUUAAACACAACUUUAUACAAAAUAUCACACAAUUAUAAUCGGGUGAUCGGAUUAAGUGGCGCUUUCGCAUUCGCAAUUCGAUUAAAAGGUUUAUUUAUGAACGUUUUUAAUGAUUAUAAACGAUUAUACCAUUUAAUUAAAGGAUUAACAUUUGAA